GUUUCCUGUUUCCACUUCCCACCUCCGCCCUCUGUUUGUCUACGUCUACCUCGGAACAACCCUGGCCCCGGCUACUAUUCCCCCGAAAGCCUGUCCACACUAACAACAAAUCGUGGCCGCUGAACAGGCUACGUGCCUGGUCUUACACUUGACUAUCAAAACACCCACCCUUCCUAUAAGCAUUUCAAAAUAAUGGCCGGAAAGACACUAGGCCGAUCGUCGGGGUCCCUCAACGCCCCCAUAGCCGCCUUCACCAUGGCGGUCAUCCUCUGCUCUUACUGCAUCAGUUCCAUCCAUACUGCCCGUCGCGAAGCACAGUCCUCUCCCCCCAUCACUAGUACCACCAAUCCCCGUCCCAAGCGGGCGGACGCUCAACAAUCCUGGGUCCAGCAGGCUUUGGAGGAAAGCCGGGGCGGCAAGGACUCUUGAUUCGCGCGCAUGAGAUUCAAUUGCUCGAUAUUCAAAAUCUUACUGGAGAAGAGAAGAGCUACAGGCUACAGCUGGCUGGUAUGCCUUUGGAUGGGUCAUGUUCUGUAGAUAAAGUUGUACUUUUGCAUUAUUGUGUCCCUAUGUGAACAGAAGAGAUAUAUAUCCUCCAG